GGUCCAGCAUCUGUGGGUCGGAGCGGAUGACAGAGACACGCAGUCCUCAUCAGGGAGAAAUGAGGAGGAUUUAACUCAACGUUUCCCCACCGCGAUGCACAAACUGGAUGUUUUUAAAAAGAGAGACUGACCCUCCUCGUCUGCCAUAGCCACAGCGCGGAGAUCUGACUUUAUUCUAUCAAUGAGAUAAUGUGGAGCGGCUCCACCGCCCGCUGGUAACGCAGAAAAAAACCCACAAGAUGAAGAAGCAGUUCAACCGAAUGAGACAGCUCGCCAACCAAACAGUGGGCAGG